GCAGCAUCCUCGGCUUUUCGCUGGACCUCUCGGCGGCAUCCUCCUGGCCGGCCAGCUCCGCGCCACUGCGGUCCCGCUUCGGAGGCUUGAGCCGGGGCGGAGGGGUCGGGGCCAAAGGUCGAGCCCUGCUUUUUUUUUUUUUUUUUUUAAUUAUUUUAUUUUUUUUUCUCCCCCACCCCCUCCUCUCUUUUCCCCCCGCCGGUGGGGAGGGGGCAAGGACGAAGUUUGCCAGCCACCCGCGAGGGGGGAAAGGCAUCGGAUCCCCCCCCUCCUCUUCUUCUCCUCCUCCUCCUCCUUCUCCUCCCCGCUGCCCUCCUUUCCUUCCUUCUUUCCUUCCUUCUUUCUUCCCCUUCCCUCCCCACGACAGACGGUCCCCCCCACCCCUCCGCCUCUCCUCCCGGCUCCCUUUGCCCACGAUGCUGCCUCUGUGGCUCCUGGUCAGCUCGGGGUUGAUCGCAGCCAGCCGUGGGAAUCUCUCGCACGACCGAAGCCAGCCGGCGACCUCCGAUGAAGUCGUGGUGGCGGGUUCGAAAGUCGUCCUCUCCUGCAAGGUGGAGGACCCAGAAGAUUCCUCGCUCCAAUGGUCCAAUCCUGCUCAGCAGACGCUCUACUUUGGAGAAAAGAGAGCAUUGCGAGACCUUCGAAUCCAGCUGGAGAAUUCGACGGCCAACGAGCUGAGUAUAAGUAUCGAUAACACCACCCUGGCUGACGAGGGAGAAUACACCUGCACGAUAUUCACCCGGCCUGUACGGACUGCAAAAGCGAUGGUCACCGUCUUGGGAAUCCCACAGAAACCCCAAAUCUCGGGUUACUCAGGUCCUCUUAGGGAAGGAGACGUGGCUGUGUUGAAAUGUCUCUCUUCUGGCAGUAAGCCAGCCGCUCAGCUCAGAUGGAAUAAAGGUGAAAAGCUCCUGACAGGCCAGCCAUUGGAAGUCUCCAAAGAUGCCAACGGAAAAACCUUCACGGUCACCAGCCAAGUAGAAAUUACGGUCGGCAAAGAGGACGACGGUGCCAACGUCACCUGCACCGUCGAUCACUCGUCUCUGCAAAUCUCGGAGAAAUCGGCUUUGCAGCGUCUCUCCGUCUUUUACAAACCAACGGCAAAGAUUGAACCCAAACCGGAGCAUCCACAAGAAGGAGACAGCUUAGUGCUACACUGCAAAGGGGAAGGGAAUCCGAUCCCUCAGGAUUACAAGUGGGAGAAGGACGGUGUCGACGCCCCCUUGUUGGACGCUCAAGAUAACAUCCUCGCCUUCCCCAACUUAAACAAAAGCGACAGUGGGACUUACAUUUGCUAUGCUUCCAAUCUUGUGGGCAACUCCAUUGCGAGAUACACCCUCUCUGUCAGCGAUGCUAGUCCCAUGACACCGCAAAGGAGCAGCUACCACGCCAUUGUUGGGGGCGUCGUAGCCUUCGUCAUCUUCUUCCUCCUCAUCCUCCUCAUCGUUCUCGGACACUACUUGAUUCGGCACAAAGGUACCUACCUGACCCACGAGGCCAAAGGCUCCGACGACGCCCCAGAUGCCGACACGGCCAUUAUCAACGCAGAGGGAGGUCAACCAGGCGGGGACGACAAGAAGGAAUAUUUCAUCUAAGAAGGGAAGGGUGGGGCAUGGUGGCAGGGCAGCCGGGGGGGAGAAAGGAGGAGGAGGAGGAGGGGGAAAAAAGGAAGAAGUUGUAGUGGCCCAGUGGACCCCGACCUCAACCAUCGGAUGACAAUGGAACCCACCCACCCAAUAUGUCUAUGGCAUUUCUCUCGUGCCCGGGAAGGAAUUGGACGGAAGGAACAGAGGAACAGUAGAAAGGCAGGGGCCGAGACUAACCACGGACGGAGAAGGAGAGAGAGAGGAAGAAGGGGGCAUAAAAACAUCUGCUGGCUCAUGAUGCUUCUUGAACUUGUAUAAAACAUUGCAACCACGUGGGAGGGGGGGAAACUCCCUCCCCCCCAUCUGAACAUUGGGAAUCCUUGGAAACCAACAAAAGACCCCCCCCCCAGCUUUUCCUGCUUGCCUGUAUCUACAUACCUGCGGCUGCCAAGCUCACACUAAACACACAGAGCUGAAGAGUGAGUGAUGAUGCUAACUUCCUUCCCUUUCUCCUCCCUCCCUUCCUUCCUUUUUCCCAUUUCCUUCCUUCCCUUUCUCCUUCCUUCCCUUUUUCCUCCCUUCCCUUUCUCCUUCCUUCCUUCUUCCCAUUUCCUUCCUUCCCUUUCUGCUUCCUUCCUUCCUUCCUUCCCUUUUUCCUUCCUUCCUUCCUUCCUUCUUCCCAUUUCCUUCCUUCUUCCCAUUUCCUUCCUUCCCUUUCUCCUUCCUUCCUUCUUCCCAUUUCCUUCCUUCUUCCCUUUUUCCUUCCUUCCCUUUCUCCUUCCUUCCUUCCUUCUUCCCAUUUCCUUCCUUCUUUCCAUUUCCUUCCUUCCCUUUCUCCUUCCUUCCUUCCUUCUUCCCAUUUCCUUCCUUCCCUUUCUCCUUCCUUCCUUCCUUCUUCCCAUUUCCUUCCUUCCCUUUCUCCUUCCUUUCUUCCUUCUUCCCAUUUCCUUCCUUCCCUCCCUCCUUCCUUCCUUUUGGCUUGUUUUCAGGGCUGUUGGUUUGUGGGGGGUGGGGUGUCUCUUCCCUCCUUCCCCCUCCCCUCUUUUUUUUUUUUUUUUGAAGAUCUCUGUUCUUGUCCCCUUCUGUUGUAGGCAUGUCUUGAUGGUAGGGUUGGGGGACGUUUGAGGGAUUGGAUGGGUCUGUCUCUGCGUUCUUUAGGAGGGUCCUCGUUGUGGGCUACGGCCUCCAGGAUAAAAUCAGCUCGUGCAAAAAAAAUAUUUAAAAUAAAUAAAUAAAUGGAGGGGUUAGCAUACACUCCUCGGGAGUAAACACCCCACCCCCCAGGUUCGAUGUGGGUCCUUCCUCCCAGUGAGAAAUCUUUAAAUUUCUCCCACAGAUUCGGAUCUUGGAUGGGAUGAAGGACCAAAAAGGUUUGAGAUGGUUGAACCGAGGAACCAAGUAAGAGAUAGAUAGACAGUUAUAUGAGAAGGUAAAGGGGUUCUUUGAGCCACAAAUAAUUCCCUUGGCAUUUGAAGAAUGUUUUUUGUUUCUUGGGUCUUCCUGAAUAAGAAGGAAUGGUCUCUGUUUUUGAAAUCUUCUUGAUCGGGUGCCCUUAAAUCUUCCUCAAACAAAUCGGUACUAGUUACUGAAGUCCUCUUGAUCAAUUGGAGUCAAUUACCUGGGCCCGAUGAUCUGGAUGAAUUGGUACCAGUGAUUUGGGUCCUUUUCAUUCAGACAAAUUGGCACUCAUUGCCUGACUAUCCCUGAUUCGGGAGAAAAAAGGGUCAGGAUAACUCCGAUCCUCCUGGAUUUGGACAAAACGAGGAACCAAUUGCUCGAGUCUUUCUUGAUUUUUUUUUGAACAUCCAUUAUUUGGAUCCAAGAUUUGGACAAAGUGGUAAACUAACUUGUUUGGGUCCUUUACAUUCAGACAAAUUGGUACUAGUUUUGCGAGUUUCUUUGAUUCAGAACGAUCCAUAAAUCAGAUCCUUGAUUUGGACAAACGAAAACGAUUACUUGAGUCUUUCUCGAUUUGGAGCAUCAAUUAUUCACAUCCAGAAUUCGGAUCAAGUGAUAACUAAUUUGGGUCCUUUUCAUUCAGACAAAUUGGAAGUUGUUCGAGUUUCCUUGAUUCAGAAGGAUCGGUCCUUGUAAUUCAGAUCCUUGAUUUGGACAAACGAGGAUGAUUACUUGAGUCUUUCUUGUUUUGGAGCAUCAAUUAUUCAGAUCCAGAAUUCGGACCAAGUCAGACCAACUGACUUAGGUCCUUUUCAUUCAGACAAAUUGGAAGUUGUUCGAGUUUCCUUGAUUCAGAAGGAUCGGUCCUUGUAAUUCAGAUUCUUGAUUUGGACAAACGAGGACAAUUACCCGAGUCAUUCUCAAUUUGGAGCAUCAAUUAUUCAGAUCCAGAAUUUGGACCAAGUUGGAUCAACUGACUUGGAUCCUUUUCAUUCAGACAAAUUGGGACCAGUUGUUCGAGUUUUCUUGAUUCAGAACGACAAACGAAGACAAUUACCUGAGUCGUUCUCGAUUUGGAGCAUCAAUUAUUCAGAUCCAGAAUUUGGACCAAGUCGGAUCAACUGACUUGGGUCCUUUUCAUUGAGACGAAUUGGGACCAGUUGUUCGAGUUUUCCUUGAUUCAGAAUGAUUGAUCCUCAUAAUUCAGAUCCUAGGUUUGGACACACGAGAGCACCAAUGGCUCGAGUCCUCUCGAUUUUGAAGCAUUGAUAUCUCUUACUUGGGUUCUCGUGAUUUGGAAGAAUUUGGGGGGAGGGGUCUGUGCUCGGAUCCGCUGACUUUGUGUCGGCACCAGACCCCGGGAGAAGAGUGGGGAAGGGUCUGUGCCAGAGGGGAAAGUCCUUGCGAACUGAUUUUAUCCUUCAGUCUCGUUUUGUCUCUCUCUUUGUCCGAGAGAAGAAUGUUGUUUUGUGGUCUGUGUUACCAAGGGGCGCCAGCUACCCAAUUGAAGUCCCUACCCAAACCCAUGGCAAAAAAAUAAUAAUACAUAUGUUGUGACAGUUGGGUGGUUGGGUGUCGUUGAAGCUUCCCUACCACGGGAGGUGGGGACGAUGGCAGACACGGGUGUUUUAAAAGGGGGUCAGGAAAGAAGCCCCUCGCCAGGAUCUUCCUCCAUUGUGAGCCACACUGUGUCAGUGUACAAGGGUGUCACACCCUUUCUGUGUCUUCCUUGCCAUAGAGAUGAGAAAGGACUUUGGGGAGAGCAUCCCAAGAUGGCAAACUCCAACCUCCAAAUACGUCCAGUGAUGGGGAAAGUUGGACCAACAGGGUUCUUGAGCCUCCGCCGUAAACCCCUAUUGUUCACUGCUGACUACAAGAUGGGGGGGGAGGCUUGGAUCUCAGCCACCCCCCCCCCAUGAACACAAUUACAAGCCAACAGCCCCCAUUUUCUUUCACCCGGAUCGGAAAUGGUGGCGUUUGGCAAACUCACACUGUUUAACUCACCUUUGUUGCAAAUCCCGUUGUCCCGGUUCUCACGAUGGGAUCCCGGAAGGAGAAACUUUAACAUUUACUCGCAAUCAGGAAAUCGGCGUGAUUUUGGGGGUGAAAAAAAAAACCAGGCCCCCAAAAGUCAUAAGCUUGCCAGCUGAUGCGACAACAAAAUUGUAAACCUUCGUAACAGUAACACUUUAAAAAGUAAAGCAUCUACUUGGCCCGCUUUAUCCUAAAACGGGGGGGGGGGUGUCCCGUGACUACUGCCAGUGUUUUCAAACGUUUUCACAAAUGCCUCAAUGAGGGCUAGAAACGUGGUGGAUCUUUGCAUGAAAUAAAGCGACAUGAACUCGAACUUA